CUCUGACCUGCUGGACUGUGCACACAUAAGUCGUGUGGAAGUUUUUUGGAUACGUUUUCCAACAUAAAAAAGUGAAUUUGAGCCACAAGAUGUUGGAUCGUUGUAACAAAACUGUUCUACCUUUGUUCUUUGGAUGCCUAGCUUUUCUUUUGGGGAUCUCUGUUGUAAAUGCAGACGGUCGAGUGUUCCUGUUGGACCUGAGGAACACCUCGGGCCUGCAGGGCUUCAGAGAUGCAGAGGGGGCUUGUGCCGCCCGACAUGCCCGUCUGGCCUCAGCAGAGGAGUUGCAUCAUGCAGUGGAGGAGUGCUUCUUCUCCCCAUGCAGCCGCGGGUGGCUCUACGGAGGCACAGUAGGGAUGAUGGUGUGUAACGUUCCGGGCACUACACUGAAAGCAGUGGAAGUGAGAACAGAAAAUGCCACAGAGGACUCUGCAAACCUGGAUGCCUUCUGUAUCAAAGAUAGGGAUGUGGCGUGUGGUGACCCUCCAUCCUUUCCUAACGCUCAUCUCCAGGAGCACUCUGGGUAUGAGUUGGGAGACGAACUGCUGUACACAUGUUUGCCCGGUCAUGUCAUGCCCAGUGGACGCAGUGCGUUCAGCCUGCUGUGUGACAGCUGUGGAGAGUGGUACGGAUUAGUGGAGAUUUGUGUCAAAGAUGAGACUGAAAGUCACGUAGACUACGAGGACAAGUUUCCAGAUUCCUAUGGAGAGGCAAAGCACCACAACGAGAGGCCAGCGGAGGCUCAGGGUGAGGUGUACGAGAAGGUGCACCGAGCUGAAUACCAACAGGGGCAAAGGCGUCAGGUGCAACAAGAGACAAGCCUUAAUGUCGAAAUGGAGGAGGAGCAUCAAGACCACCAUGGAGUGCCUGAAGUGGAAGAGGAGGUGAUCGAUACAACAUUUGUGGUAGCAGGAGGGGAGAAAGAGGAGGAGCGUGCUGUCGAGGACUUCAUAGGACAUCCGCAGUGGGAGCAAGAGAGGAGUGAUUUGGUCAAGACUGAUGAAGCUGCAGCCACAGAAGCACCUGUGUCUCUUCUCUCCCAGAAACACCUCUUCUGGUUCCCCUCUGAGGCCUUCCAGGACGAGGGACGUCCCGCCUCCACCAAUCCAGUCACUCCAACCACACAGAGAUCCUCAGGCGCUCAAUCAGAGGAGAGCAAAGAGCAUGACAGUCAAGAAACAAACCACCACCAGCAUCCAGUUGAUGUUGACGACCAUGACGACCUGGACGGCCAUGAUGACGGUGAGCAGAGUCACCAGGAGGAAGAUGACGGCGAUGAUCAUGUGAAGCAUUACAUUCCAGCUCAGAUUGAUGACCUGGACAGACGGGAUCGCCACAAAGAUGCAGACGAGCGUGAAGACCAUUAUGACAUGGGUGAACACGAAGACAACCAGGAUCGCGUUCCCUACGGAGGUCAAGAGUACGACGAUACUUACGAUGAACAUGAAAGCUACGAAGAGCAUGAAGAUGUGACUGGCGAUCGAGAGGACCAUGAUCGAGAACGUCCUGAUGAAUCUAAAGAACAUCCUGACCCUGUUGACAGUGUUGACCAAGAGGAGCAUUAUGAUCCAGAGGAGGAAGAUAACGAUGAUCACCAUGACCAUGACCACGUUGACCAUGACACCGACGACGGUGCACACGAUGACCAUGAUGACCACGAUGACCAUGAUCACCCCGAUGACCACCAGGACCAUGAACACGAUGACCAUGAACACCAUAGCCAUGAACACGAGGACCAUGAACACGAGGACCAUGAACACGAUGACCAUGAACACGAUGACCAUGAACACGAUGACCAUGAACACAACAGCCAUGAACACGACGACCAUGAACAUGAUGACAAUGACAGCCACGAAGAUGACAAUGACAGUCACCAGCGUGUGAUCUUUUCUCAAGAGACGGAUAUAAAACAGAACGUUACAGCAGAAGAAGAGGCCCCUACAGACGACACCUGGCUGGAUGGCUACCCUGUCCACCUGGAGGAUACAGAGAAAGGCGACUCCACAACGGAAAAGGUGAGACCGGAGGAUACAGCCAAGGGGACAGAUGUGAGGACAACUGACAGACCUAAUGAGGUAGAAGUUGGUAGACCCGUCCCUUACACCAGCUUACCAGAUAUGCCUGAGUCUCACACCACGGAGCCUGCUUUAGCUCAGGGAGGAGUGGAGAAAAUGUUGCCAGGCUUCAUCCCCACCGCAGCUCCCUCACAGCCCUCUGAUUCCCCCUCACACUCAGACACCCUGGACUACGACACCCAACAGGCAGCUCCGACCCACUCCUGGCAGGACGACCUCUCCCAGCACCCCUUCCUGGAUCAUGGCCCAGUUCCCCCGAUGCAAGACAGCGAAAGCGGUGUUACGGAAGAGCACACCAUACACAUCCUGCCAGGGGAGACUGGCGAGAGGGGCGAUGCAGAGGGAGAGAUGGGAGAGGCAAUCUGUACGGGCGAGAACUGCCCUCCAAGCUCCUCAAGCCGAGGUCCCACGGUCGCCGCCAUAAUCGUGGCGGUGUGUGCGAUCGCCACGGCGGUGAUCGUUGGGGUGUGGUGCUACUGCCACAAACAGAAGAAGAGCUCAAUGUACCAGAUGAACGGGAAGGGCCAGAGCAGACAGGGCCAACAGAUAGAGAUGCAGCAAAAAGUGUAAAAGCGACAGAUGAUAGAGGGCAGAGACAUUUUGGAGGGAGGGGAAAAUUCAGAGGAAUUUGAGAAGGAAUCACAGCCCUUCCUCUUGCUAGAAACUAAUCAAUAAUUGAAGAUUUUGGAUAGGUAUGAAGAAAUGAGCCCAUGUUUUGAAGAGCAAAACCUCACCUGUGUAUAGCAUAAAUAUUGAGCAAAGCAGUAAGAACUGAUGUUUAACACAGGGAGAGAUGGGAAACCUGAGUGAAACAAGAUCAGUUUAAAGGAUUUUUACCUAUCUUUGAUGUACCUACCCAAUAUUUUCAAAGCUCUGACAUCUAGCUGGAUAAGUGGAGAGGGGCUGGACUCAACUCCAAGAACUGAAAAAGGAUAUUAUAAGGGAAUAACCAUGUAGGAAAACCACAAGAAGGCAUGCCUGCCCGCCUGAAUAUAUGAACUGAGACUUCAGCCUCUUGGACAUUGUGGUUAAAGGUUCUCUGUGUUCAAUUUCUGUUGACUUCAUUGAUGUUUUUGUUAAUUCAGCUGCGUGUUUCCAGAUUUUUCCAAAUCCCAAUCUUUUUCUGAUUGCCUAAGAAUUGUGUUGGAAGAAAUAACAACUUUAUUCCACUUGUUAUUCAAUGGCAAGAGCGCUGAAUAUCAAUUCAGCAGAUUUGGGCAGGUAGUCCCAAAGUAGACCAGGUCGUUGUGUUACCAGUAAGAACAAAAAGGAGGAUGAUAGUUAGAAAAAAUUGAGAGGGUAGAGGGAGCGGUUUAGAGGAAAAGGUUUGAGAAAGUAAGAUGGCGGGGGAAAUAUUUUAAGAUCUUCCUGCCUCUGUUGGUUUUGACUAGGGGCUGCUGAAGGAUGAAGAGCGGCAGGCCAUCCAGAUUGCAGAGUUAGCCCCAUGGUGUGUGUGUGUGUGUGUGUGUGUGUGUGUGUGUGUGUGUGUGUGUGUGUGUGUGUGUGUGUGUGUGUGUGUGUGUGUGUGUGUGUGUGUGUGUGUGUGUGUGUGUGUGUGUGUGUGUCUGUGUCUGUGUGUCUGUGUGUCUGUGUGUCUCAGGUCCGUGCAAUCUGCCAAUCAGCGGUAUGUGUGUUUGCCGACGGCAAAACAGAGAUAAAACAUUUAGUUGCUUCCAUGGUAACAGAGGACACCUAAAAUCAUAAACCCCCAUGUUUUAGUUGUCAUUUUUUUGAGGACCGGUGUAAAGGAUUUAGUACCAUCUAGUGCGGAGGUUGAAGAGUGCAACUAAAUAUCCCUCUGUUCACCCUUCCCUUUUCCAAAAAAGUCUUAGAACUUAAAGUUAAAGGCCCUCUCUAGAGCUGGAAUCUGGUUUCUCCGUUCUGGGCUACUGUUGAAACAUGGUGGUGCAACUUGGCGGACUCUGUGGUAGAGGUUCAGCUCCCUAUCUAGGUGUGAACAAGCCCCGAGGAAGUGUGCCGGCCGUUGAAGCAAAUUCUUGCUGUGGCUUAACAGUGGUACUACAUUCCUUUAUAUUCUGUGGCGUCAAUUUGGCUCCAAUAGACUUUUUCUUAUUUUAAAUUGGAAAAGACAGGAUCCCCUAUCCGGUCAAAUGAUAAAGAGGCGGGGGUUAAGGAAAAAACUCAUGUGUGCAUGCUCUAUGGGCCAAAGUCCCCGGAUGAAGCGGGUACUUUUUCAAACUACAGUCACUCCAUUUUUGGCUUCAUGCGAAUAUCAUAUCAUACACGUUGAUCCUUAGAGGGUAAUAGCAUACUUUUUAUGACAGUUUUGUGAAAAUGUGUUUAAAUUUAAAAAAGGUAGGCCUAUGACUUUGGGUUAAUAUGGGUUAUUAACAGGCCCAUGUAAUAUCUUUCAUAUGAUAGUCAAUAUUCUUCAUUACAUAAAUGUAAUAUACUUUCAUACUCGUGCUCAUUAUGUUUGUCAAGAUAAAAACAGAACAAGGGGUUUAAGAGGGUUUUCUCGACUGGACGUUUAUUAACCGCUGUUUCAUUUUCAAAUAUUUUGGACUUCAGAAAAUGUGCGCUAUGAGCUAAUUUAGUUUAGUACAGACAUUUGGUUAACUAUCCAUUCAUAGUUCAGCCUUUCACAGUGUACUCUAGCUGCAUGAAUCAGUGAUAUUUUUUUCUUGCUGUUUCGUACUGUGCCAAACACUUAAGAGCAAAGGUCAAACGUAAAAAUAAGAUAGCUGAUAAAAAGUUGCAAUAUAAAGACUUUGAAUAGCAUUACCAGGCUUUGAACUUCGAUAUUAGAGUUUGUAUUUCUGGUGAUGUAUAAACACUACAAAAUACUUACUUGGGAAUCCCUUACAUAGAAGGUACUUGUAAUAAAUGUCAAAGGUAGGUGACAAAGCACUUCUUGGUGUCAUCUGUCAUAAAGAAUCAUACAUUUUCCACCAUGUCUCACCUGAUUUCUGAAAGGUACUAUUUAGUAACAUGUUUAGUUAUAAAAUAAAGAUUUGUUUGUUUAAGGAAGUAAAUACCCACUAUUGUUGAUUUCAUAAAAAAUAUUUUUCUUUUUUUUGUUUCUGUGUUUUGGUAUCGGAAUUGAUUUAUUAAUGUUCUAAUGAUGCGAGUGCAAGGGGAAGAAAUUACCUACUGUCUGUGUGUUUCUGUAAAUAUGAAUCCAUACUAAAAUAACUUUUUAAACACUACACUCUUUACUAGUACUAGUUCAUUACAAUAAACAUGUCUAUACUCUUCUGGCCUUUAUCUUACCUAGAUAAAGCUGUUUGAAAAGUCCUUGCAAUAUCAUGGAUUGUAGAUUAUCUAGCCAUGACCUGUCUGGUCACACAUUUUGCAUAUGUUCAAUUAGAAUACUAGCAUUCAUCAAGACUGGCAGAUGCAGAGAGUUGUGAUGCAAAAGCCACAAAUUCCAUAAAAAAAUUAAAGGGUGUUUCUCUCAUUCACAUGAUGCUAAUAUUUGUUCAUGUUUCUUCUUCAUCUCAAACAGCCUGAUGUGUGUGAUGUCAGGAUGAAAUGUGUACUGUAAGUGUGUUCUCUAAGUCACAAUAAACUCCUAAACAUGUGGUUUUA